AUGACGAGCACUUUCUCAUUUUUUAAGGCCGCCACUAGGUGGUCGAAAAACCACAAAUUUUUUUUGACCAGUUUUGGUGUGUUAGCCGGUGGUGGUAGUUCCCUAAUUUAUGCACUUGAGCAGUCAAUUCAUGCUUCUAAUGACGCAGCUCAUGUGGCUAAACAAAAAUGGAAUCAUAACGGAUGGUUUGAUACUUUAGACCACGCUAGUGUUCGUCGAGGAUGGGAAGUGUACAAAAACGUUUGUGCAGCAUGUCAUAGCAUUGAGUACUUGGCAUAUCGUGAAUUAGUUGGAGUAUGUCUGACCGAAGAUGAAGCCAAAGCUGAAGCUGCAGAACAAAUGAUUGAUGACGGACCUGAUGAAACUGGUGCCAUGUACAAAAGACCUGGCAAAUUAUCGGACAUAUUACCAAAACCUUAUCCAAAUGAAGAAGCUGGUCGUUAUGCUAACGGGGGUGCAUACCCACCGGAUUUGACUUACAUUACUCAAGCUAGAAUAGACGGAGAGAAUUAUAUCUUUGCUUUAUUGACUGGUUACAUGGAUCCACCUGCAGGAAUCUCAUUAGCAGAGAAUCAACAUUAUAAUCCUUACUUCCCCGGAGGUGCUAUCGGAAUGGCUCAAGCAUUAUACGAUGAGAUAAUUGAAUAUGGAGAUGGAACUCCAGCUACACAAAGUCAGUGUGCGAAGGAUGUUAUCACAUUCUUAAAAUGGUGUGCGGAACCAGAACAUGAUACUAGAAAAUUAUUUGCCAUGAAAGCGUUUACUAUCUUGGGAGUGCUCAACUUGGUAGUUUGGUACCUGCAUAGACAUUAUUGGUCGGUGUUGAAGAGUCGAAAGAUUUUACAAAGCCCUAAAUCAUUGUUCAAAAAGUAA